AUGGAAUGCUUUGCAGAUACGCAGGAGCCCAUGUGCACAUUCGAUUGCGACGCGGAAGGGGAGCCCAUGAAGAAUCGUCCAGACAUCGACCCUGCAAUUGCAACUGCGUCCCUCAUGGUCCGACGGGAGCCGCGAGGGAGCCAAAGCCGCUUGGAGCAAAGUGCCCAUUUGGCGCUUGAUCGCGAAAUCGCCCGCUCAGUCCCGCUGGCACGCACUUUGCAGGGUUUGGGCCAUCUUUGGCGAUCGCGGCCGAACAAAAUGAGCCAGGACGAGUUGCCAAGCUUGUGGCAAUCUUCCCAGAAGGCAGAUUCAUACGAUGCCUUCCUAUCGCACACAUGGUGGACACCUGGAUACCAGAAGUUUUUGUCUCUUUUGUUGCGUUCCUACUGGCACUUUGCCGUGCUUUCUUUUGCCGUGACGUGCCUUGGGAUCGUGAUCAUGUAUGUGUUUGACAUCUUGCCCAUGCCUUUGACCUUCGCUGCGGAGUUUGCCCAGUGGCGGUAUGAGAUCCCCUGCGGACCCUGGGCAACCAUCUCGGGAUUCGUGGUGUCGCUCCUGACCCUGCUGAGCGCCCCUUCUUUUCCUUGCCAGAGAUUCGCCGUUUUCAUGGACGUGGCAUGCAUACAUCAAACAGACAUGCGUUUGCGCGAGCGAGGCAUCUAUAGCAUCGGAGGCUACAUGACCGUUGCCAAGGAGCUGCGCAUCCUGUGGUCUGUAUGA